GCCGGUCUGCCAGUGGAUCCACUGUCCCGUUAAGAGCCUGUUGGCUGUCCGCUGCCUCAGACACCGUCCAGGGAUGAGACGGUGGAGAAAACGGGACGGCGUUCAUCACAAAACGUUCGCGAAAUCCACCUGCAGGAGUCGGAGCAUGUUUUCGACCCGAAAGUGGUGGAUUUUUACCGUUUUCCUGGCAGGUGUCUUCCCCCCGUCUUGCUCCGGUGUUCAUGUGUUUGUCCGAGAUGAGAAGAGGUAUGCGGUGCUGUUCCAGUCAGUGGUUCUGCCGUGUCAGUACACCAGCGUGUCCACCCAGACCGCCGUGGUGCAGUGGGUCUACAAGUCGUACUGUCGUGACCGUACGCGGGACUCCUUCAGCUUUCCUGACAGCCUGGGUGGAGGCCUGGGAGGAGGAGGAGGGCUGACAGGCGGAACUGGAGGAGUCGGCGGAGGAUACGAAGCGGGGAUGACGGCGAACUACCUCGACUGCUCUGAUAACAGCCGGACCGUCCGAACCGUGGCCUCCAUCUCUGGCUCCUCAGUCACACUGUCAGAGUAUUACAAGAACAGAGACAUCUCCAUCAUCAACAAGGCAGACCUGCGACUAGGAGAGGUCCAGUGGGGAGACAGUGGAGUUUACAUCUGCAAAGUGGUUAUAUCCGAUGACCUGGAAGGACAGAAUGAGGCCUCAGUGGAGCUGCUGGUUCUUGGUUUCUCAGGUGUACCUGAAGAUCUGCUGCCAGACUUUGAUUUGAAGAUUAUGCCAGAGUGGGUGUUUGUGGUGGCGGUGGCGCUCGGCAGUGUGUUAUUCCUGCUGCUGGUUGGGGUUUGCUGGUGUCAGUGUUGUCCUCACUCCUGCUGCUGCUACGUCAGCUGCUGGUGCUGCCCCGACACAUGCUGCUGCCCCAGACACUUGUACGAGGCAGGGAAGGGCAUAAAGACGGGCGCCUCCACCCCUCAGCCACCUGCCUAUCCUCCGUACUUUGUCUCUGGCGUCCCAACCAUGGUCCCCAUCGCUCCCCCCUCACUAGUGGACAAGAUGUCUUCUGUCCCUCCCUCAGAUGGGACCCUACUCACAGCAGUGCCGAUGCAUGCUGUAGGGGUUCCCUACCGCGUGCCUUCACCUCAGGAUCAGGAUUCUCUCAGGGUGCUACAGUAUGUAGAGAAACAGCUGGCUCACUUCAAUCCUUCCAGGUCCAUCAGUCACCAGUCCUGUAGCCUGUCUGAGCUGAGCUCCCUCCAUGAGGGAGAAGCCGGCUUCCGCCAAACCUUCCGAAACGUCCAGAAGAAAGCCCUGCCAGCCAUUCCCGAUCACGACGCUCAGCCCGAACCACAGCGUCACCGCGACAACCGCAGCCCAGAGCCGCAGCGUUACCGCGAUAAUCCCCCAUCGCCCCAUCGUUACCGUGACGACCCUGACUCAGAGCCCCGCCACGACCAGGAUGAGCCUCUUCCUCCACGACGAUACAGCGACGACCCUCCAUCAUCCUCUCAGUCACACAGACAUGGAAGAAACCAGCGAGAACAGAACCACAGUGAGGAGGAAAACCACAAAAGGUGGAACCCUCGUUCAGAACAUCUGCAGAGGAAGUCGUACCGCACUGCAGGACGAACGGGCUCGCUGGACGAGCUGGAGGAGUUCGCUGCUACGUACAAACAGAGAGGAGGCAGAGGAGCAGAGAGGAGGGAGGAAGAGCGAGGAGACUAUGAGAUGGAGCUCCGGGAGUUUAAUCGAUAUCCUUCCUACCGCGACGGUCCGCCUCAGCAUUAUUACAGCAACGACGAAGAGCUCGACGACAACAGCGACCGUGAAGAGCAUCACAGACGCAAGAAGAGUAACAGACAUAACAUCAGCCCGCUUCCUUCACCCAAAAAGAGGAGGGCCACCUCUGAAAGGGAGCGGGCCGUCCCACCGCCUCCAGCAGUAUGUCCACCGUCAACUUCUUCUCAAGAGAAAGACUACGACGCUACAUUCUUGAACAGCCUGCUGGACCGAAAGGCCAAGCUGAGAGGGGUCGGCCAGGGGAAGAGUGGGGCCCGUGGUGAGGAAGAUUCAGACACACCCUCAAAGAGCAGCUCAAAAAAGAGCAGCGGGGAAUCUAGUCGACACUGCAGUCGCUCGCCCAGCAACAGGCCGGAUUCGCUGCCUCCGUACUCUGAGUCAGAGCGAAACAGAACUGACAGGCCAUCUCCACGGCCACCACCAGCAAACACUCGCUCCUCUCAACCCUCUUUCCAACCAGGUCGCAGAGAAGAACCCAGAGACAAAUCCCGGAAAGCGGUCAGGUUCAGAAGCUACCAGAAUGAAUACUAGAGCACUCUUCUCAGCCGAGAUUCCCUCAUCGUCUGAUCGACUUAAAGCCACAGAGACUGAAAGCUUGGAUCAGACGGAAGAUGCAGCUCUGAUCGUUCACAGGAGCUGCAUGUCAUCUGAUAAAAGAUGACCGAACUGACCGUGAGUUCUUAAAUGUAUGCUCGGCCCACUGUGGGGAAAUGAAGUAGAGGUGAAGCAGAACUGGUUGAAGAGGUGGACGCUUUUCCUGUCAGGACUUUGGUGGCCUUCUGCUUGUGACAUCAUUCAGAAAUGAAGUCACUGGCUGUGUCUUAUAUAUCUCAGCUGGACAAACACUGAUGUGAGCACGGCGAAUGACCUGGACUGUCCCCCCGACCAGCAGGACACUGCUAGUGUUUCCCUCGUCCCUUUAGAAAAGACUUUCUUUACUCUUCCAGCAACAAUGGCUGCAUUCACUUCCAUUAGAUGAGAUAUUCGAAUUAAAAGCACAGUUGUAGAAUAGACGGUAUAUGACAACACCAUUAGUGUAGCUACGGUUGUAAACAAUAUGCACACUGUGUCAUUCAGUAGCAUCAUUAGGGAAUAUAGCACCUAAGGCCAGUGUUACACGAAGGUCCACGAGACUGCGUGACGUAAAUUUGGUCAUCUCAGCCCAUCUCGCAUCUCAGUAGUGUGUUAAAUAAUUCCUCCAUGCAGACUAGAAAGUAGUGUAUUGCCAAACUUUGCGUCCGUGUGCGUCUCCUCGUGGGACUAUAAUCAGAGCAUUAGUCAGACUUUUUGCAAUGAGACUUUAAUGUUACUAAAAGCGAGAAGCAGUAACCGACAUUACCAAAAUGUUUAUUUAUUUAUUUAUGGGUGACCGUUCACAUUAAGCAACACUGAUGUUAGGAGCGUCAAUGUAAAUGUGGUGCCAGUUAGCUUAUGAGCUAAUCUGCAUCAUAACUAAAAAUAACAAAUGAGCAACAGCAUUAUUCUACAGAAUUAGGUUACGAUUAACAUAAUACAAGUAAGAAAAGCACUGAGAGAGCACAGUAGGAUUUUUGACAGAUGAAAUUUGUGGUCCGCAGCGACGGGUUUGUAGGAGGAUCCCAGUCAUGAUCAGUAGUGUUCACUUGUUGUCAUAGUUACAGUGACGCCGUGCCGCUAUCUCGCAAUGAUAUUGAAAUCUUUAAGAAAUCCGUGGAUCCAGACUAUAAGCCCCAGCACUGCCAAAAUCUAAUCACUUGGUCCUUGUAUCAUUUCUGACCUUCCCUGAAAAUUUCAUCGAAAUCCGUUUGUUCAUUUUUGAGUAAUGUUGCCAACAGACAGACGGACAGACAAACCAUCGCCAAGCAUCACAUACCUCUGCCUCUCCCUGGUGCAGUAAUAAGAAUGCAAACCUGUCCUAGCAAUUUUAAAUAAUACAAGUUAAGAGUAAAACAUUAGAAACACUUCAGGUAUUGUAGAUCAAAUGUUGCUGAAAAGUGUUUGCUAACAGUAACAAAUUGUUGUCCAACUUCAUAGUUUCCCUCAGCUCUAUGAGGCUGUUUAGUGUCUUUUAGCAGAUUAUAUUCGGUUUGUAAACACUGACUUCACCCUACGUCUGCUGGGUUAUUCUGCCCUCCUGUGAACGUUGUGGUGUAUAGAGUGUGUGUAGAGAACUGAUGGAUGGAUGUUUGGUGUCAUGAUUCUUAUCCACAUAAAAGCUCCUGUAAACCUGCUGUACAUGAGCUGCCUAACACCAAACUGCACAUGGACCCAGCUGAUGAACAGUGAGCAUAAAUAUUUCCCGUAAGAGUUUGUUCAGACCAAAUGGGAGCUAAAGCUAGAGUGCUGUUGCUGCUGUGCAUUUGUUGCAUGUGCCAAUAAGCGACUAUUUACUGAAACAUUCAUGAUAUCGUGUUUAUAGGGUGAUAUGUUUACAGCCUUGUCCCUCAGUCAUACAUGCAGACAAUGUUGCUAAUUUAAAGCUCAGUACCUUCAAGCAACAUCACAGCUAGAAAAAAGGUCUGCCAGUCAAUUUAAUUGUGUUUUUUAUUAAUGUAUUAUAUAGUAGAGCAUUUUUCAAACUCUUUUAAAGCAGUAUAAGAUGGAAACAGAACUCUCAAAAGCCAAACAAUUAGUUUCUAAACAGCAUAACCGCUAGUCAGAAAAUAAAUUUUCUGUUACUGGGAAUAAAGCGCAGAUACAGUAGAUACACUGAUGAAGCACUAAACUAAUGAGGGCACAUCUGACUCAAGCAUAUGCAGGUGAUUUAGUUCCUUCUAGGUUUUUAUUCAUGACACAGUAACAUUUUCACAAACAUUCCAGAUCGAGUUUUUACAAAAUAACCGUGUUGUCCAAAAGAAUAACGCUUGAUGAGAUUUAGCAUUUUCUGUACACAGUGAACUGCCUCCUGCCUUUAAAAGAUUUCUGUAGGAAGACAUUUUUAUACUAUUUAUGUGUGCAAUGUGAUUAUAACGUGUAAAUGAUUCUGUUUGUCUGAGCACUCGAGUGUGACAUGAAGUGUCUUUGACUGGAUUAGUGUAGUUCAGUGUUUGCUUAGCGCUGCUGCUGAGUCAACAGCUCAACCAGUUGUGUGUUAUCAGCGGCUACACGCACACAAACACACACUAGGAGCAGUCAUGUAUGUUCUAGCUACACACCGUACAGUAUUUUUAUUGUUCCUGCCUCUGCGUUGGACACGCUCAUCUUUAGACAAGUUGGUUGGUUUUCUUUCCUCUGUGUUUUCUGCUGUUCGGUACUGACAACCAUGUUUGUGUGUGUGUGUGUGAGACAGCGAGCGAGAGAGAGAGAGAUGAGUCUUUACUUUUCUGUAAAGGAGACAAUGUGUGAUUGAGUGUGACUCAUGUCUUUGUUCAUUGUUUAGUCACAGACUGCCUGUCUUGGCUACACAGCUGCGUCAAAACUCACAUAUCACUUCUGCCAGCUCAGCCGCAGAUAUCUGCCCUGUUUGUUACAACAUUUUAACCUCCUGUAAGUUUCUAAAAUAUCUAUUUGUGAUGAUGACAAGAUGCAUGAAGGCAAACAUUAGGACCGACUGCAUUUUCUGCACGUCUUUGCAGUAAAUAAACUCAGCAGAAAUAUGAACCCCAGGUGUUUUUUUGAGCUUGUUGUACAGAUGGACUGCGUUAGACUAUGCAGGAAUGUCAGUGUGUCUCUCUUUUAUGCUACCUAUGACACAUUUCAGAAGGAUGUAUUGAUUCCACUGUAUUUACUUGGCUAAUCUGUUUUCUAAUAACUUUGCAGAUGAGGAUUUUAAUCACAGAACACAUGCAGAGUAGGGAUGUCCGAUAUUGGCUUUUUUACCAAUAACCGAUAUGCCGAUAUUGUCCAACUCUCAAGUCCCGAUUCGGAUAUAAACCGAUACUGAUAUAUGUGGGCUAUUUUAGGUAGCAUCACAUACAUACAUGCCUGCUUUUAUUGUGAUGCCCCAUUGGAUGCAUUCUAUGACUUUCCAGUGCAUUACUUAAUCGGUUUCAUGAUAGGCAAAAAAACCUGAGAACGAUACUGACCGAUAUUACAUUUUUAUGCCACUAUCAGGCCGAUAAUAUUGGACAUCCCUAAUGAAGAGCUUAUAAAAUGUUGAUUUUUAUAUAUUACACUACCUAACAUCUAAUUAACACAAGCUCCAGAAUGACUAAAUGCUCUUUAAAUAUUCAUCUACAGAGAAUAAAUCCUCUGAAACCUGCAUUAUGAACAUUAUUAAUACUUACAAUAGCUUCCAUUGCUGAUACAUGUCUCCUUCUGUUCGAAACAGAUUUUAAUUAAGUAUUUUUACAUCCUUAUCACCACCAUUUGCUUCUUUGACUCUUCCAAAGAGAACUGUAUCAAAUAAACAAGAGAAGAGGAA